AGCGUUAGUGUAAGCGAGUUAACGUGACAUCGUUUACAACUCGCGUUCGAGGGUUACCAGCGCCCAUGUCGAUCGUUCUAAUAAUAGCACUAUCAGUGUCUAUUUGCGGUUGGUAUGAUGAGGGCCUAUGCAGUGGGUACCACUGUCGUAUGCAUCGGAUUUACAAGUUAGGCCAGUGGAGUUGAAAGCCCUUGGGUGGCGAAUAUUCGAGAAGGAAUAGCGGAAGAAGAAACAUCGGUAGGUUAUAAGGAUGAAUGCACACCUAUUUGAAGACACCGGCAUCGAGAUUUCCCACUCACUCUUGAGCUCAACAACACUGUCACUUCCGAAUUGAAAAGCAUUACUACAACCGUUUGCACUCUUCUAAGACGGCUACCGCCACCAACACAAAAACCCACUGCCAAAGCCAGACAAAACCACCAGCAAUCAUGCACUUCGCUACUGUCCUCCUCCCCACCCUUCUCUCCUUCACCACCCCGAUCCUCUCCGCCCCGACCUUGAGCCCCCGCGAAACGAGCUCCAGCCUCCUCCCCUGGCAACUCACCGGCAUAGGCUUCUUCUCCCCCUCCGGCCGGCCCGGCAACUAUCCCUGGAACACCAUCACAGCCAGCAUCACCGACCCCAACGCCCUCGACCUCGGCACCAACAAAGCCGGCCAACCCGUCACCCUGCCCGCCAACAACACAGCCUCCAACUGCCGCGCCAUCUGGCUACGCGGAGAGAACCCCUUCAACCGCUCGUGGCCCUGCGACGACAACGCCGAAGCAGACGGCUACUGGACCAUGGAGAUUCUGCAGACGCCCGAAUUCGGCUUGACCAAUUUCGACGUCAGGUUCCGGCGGGUGGCGGAGGUGGGGAGCUUGGGCCAGAGGUUUGCCAGGAAGUUUGUUGGUGAGGUGCAUUUGCAGGCGCCUGAGACGCUGUCUGGGACUUGUGGGGGGAGUGGGGUGUGUAGUUGGGGGUUGAGGGGGGAGGGCUGA